GAAUAUUCGAAUACAAACAAAAGAAACAAUGAAAGCCUUCCUCGCCUUUGUAUUGCUUGGCAUAACUACAGAUUGCUUGGCUGCGCCAUUAAGCCAGUCAAUGCUUGACGAUCCCGAACUGAUAGCUGGCUACUUUCAAGGCGAUAUCGUGUUGAGCCCAUCGCAGCGCAAUGGCUACCGCAAUGAAACUCUACGCUGGCCAAAUAAUACUGUCUACUAUAAAAUCAACAACGGCUUCUUUGACGAAGCACAUCGGAAUCACAUUCUACGCGGCAUUCAAAUCAUAGAGGACCUCUCUUGCAUUCGCUUCCAAGAGGCCAGCGAAGACCAGCAAUAUUACGUCAAUAUAACUGGCAGUGAUGGCGGCUGCUAUUCGAGUAUUGGCUGGCUGAAUGGCAUUCAAUAUUACAAUCUUCAAAUCUAUCCUCUGGAUACUGGCUGCUUCCGUCUCGGCACAAUCGUACACGAAUUCUUGCAUACACUCGGCUUCUUCCACAUGCAAAGCGCCGCAAAUCGUGACGACUACGUACGCAUUGAAUUUGAUAAUAUUCAGGAGGGCAUGGAAUUUAAUUUCGAGAAAUAUGAUGAGGACUAUAUCGAUGAUUACGAUGAGGAAUACGAUUAUGGUAGUGUAUUGCAUUAUAGCGAGUAUGCAUUUUCGGUGAAUGGCGAAAAGACUAUUAUACCACUGAAGGAGGAGGGCUCUGUAAUAGGGCAGCGGCGUGGUAUGAGCAAAAGUGAUAUCAAUAAGUUGAAUUUAAUGUAUCACUGCCCAAUAAAGGUGUAG